UAAAAUAUUAUAAACGUGCUCUGCCCCCCAGUGCUUCAAAUCUAACCAUAUGUUCUUAUAAUUUAAGCAUAGAAUAACAGAAUUAAAUUACAAGCACUGAUUUAAGGAAGUUUUCACCAUGGACCAAGGAUAUCCGUUUAUUGAUGCAACAUGCAAGCUUAUAUUAGGCCUGUCAUGGGGAAAUACUGAAGCUUACUGAAGCAUCUAAACAAACAAGUGAUUUCUUAGCCAAAACCUCUAAAGGGACAACACAUGUUUUUCAUCAGCAUAUUUCUGCAGCUGUCUCUAUCAGCUGCUCUGGCUUCAUGGUCAGUUUCAUACAAACCUCGUUCCAUAUGUGUUUUCGAAAGAUCAUCUGUGGAUUUCACCUGCUCAUUUGAUUAUCCAUCUUUUCAAACACUUAAAACUACAAAAUGGUUCAAACCAAAUAAACAUCAGAAACAAGACGGAACACAGCAGGGAAUAUUUGUCCAUCACUCAGAGGCGGCAGAGAUUGACCAACUGUACAAAAACAGAACAGUGUUUGCAAACCAAGACAAAAACUGCUCCUUGCAAUUAUACAAUGUCUCUAAAAGUGACAUUGGAAAAUAUUUCUUUCGCCUUGAAACAAAUUAUUAUCGUGGAAAAUAUACUGGACCGGGUGGCAUAUACCUCAACGUAGCAGUUCUACCUUUUAGAGUAACUGUGACAACGCAAAAGGUGUAUGGACACAUCCAUGAAGGAGACUCUGUGACAUUGAGAUGCAGCACAGAAAACUGUACCCCGGAACAAGGGCCGUUUGCCUGGUUUAAAAACCACCUUCUGCUUCCACAAGCCACUGAGAAUGAGCUCCAAAUCUCUUCUGUCUCUCACAAUGAUUUUGGCAACUACUCCUGUGGUCUGAAGAACAGCAGCAUGACUUCAGCAGAUGAACUAUUGCUUGAUGUGAGAUAUAGUCCGAAGAAUGUCGAAAUAACCAUUUUGACAUCUGGAAAGAUAGAACAAGGAAACUCACUGACUCUGAUCUGUAAGAGCAAUGCCAAUCCUGCAGUGACAAACUACACUUGGUUUAAGAUCAGAGAUGGGAACAUCUCUUCUAUAGGAUUUGAUUGUGAAUUCUCCAUCAAAGCUGCCAGUCAGAAGGAUGAUGGACAGUACUUCUGCACGGCCAAAAAUGACAUGGGCUCUCAAAACUCUACGAUCAUAGCACUGAAAGUCGAAGUGCCUGAUCGACAUUUCUUGCUGACUGCAACAGCUUUGCUUUUCUUUGUAAUAGUUGUACUGUUAGUCCUGUUUGGUCUCAAUAUAAGGAGGAAACAGAUUACACCAAAGAAGCAGCCCACAGAACAGACACCUGCAGUCACUGUCACAGAGGAGAUCUAUGAGAACCUGAGAAAAUCACCAGAGUCUGAAGAAAGCCAUACCAACCUGAUAUAUGCAGAUCUAAACCUUCCUUCAUUAACCUCAGACAGUUUGUUUUAUAGACCACGUCCCAACAGUCAAGAGGACGACGCCGUGGUCUACAGUCUUCUCAGUAACAAAGAGUGAAUGAAUCUCUGCACUGUGAAUAAUGAGCUUUAGCCAACACGUGUUGUAGAUAUUUCUCUUUUUAUUCAAAAGAAUCAAAUGCCUAUAGUGAAUAAAUUUACAUUGAGUACAAAAUUACCAUAGGUUUAAACAUUAGAAUGAGUAUAAAAGCAUUAAAGAAAUAAUAUAUACAAUGUACAGUGAAAGUAAAAAAUUAUUAUUAAAUCUAUAUGUACAUAUUUUUGCAUGCAUCUGUAUUUACAUCCACAUUUGUCACUUGACCAAAAAAACCCCCAAAACAUACAUAGUGUAUUUGAUCUAACAAUAUAUGAUUUUGAAAAGAUAGCACUGUUAAAACAAAUAAAAUGCAAAGCUAUAUCUAUAUUAAAAAUGGCUCUUUUUUUUCUUUACAAAAGUUAUCAUUCACAUAAAAAUUAAAACCGGUCAUCAUUUACUCACUCUCAUGUCAAACACCUUUAAUCAAGAUUUUAUACAAGCUACAAGCAUAUGUUAAAUGCGCAAUAAAUUAACACUAGUAAUGCGCUGGUGAAAUAUUAUGCUCCCAUUAUGACAUUAAUUUUAUACUUUAAAAUGUCAACAUUAUAUUCUACUGAGCUGCAUUCUGCAUUUAUCUGCUCACUACUGAACAUACAUUCAGCAUUUGUCAUGUACAGUAUCUACAGUGCUAGAUCACACUUCAACAUCCUCUUCAACAUCCUACAUUUACAUGUAGUUCAAUCACAAUUUAAUAACAAGCCUAAUCUAAAUCACACGGGACUGUGAUCCUGCGAAUAGCAGUCGUCUUCAUGAUGUUUGUAUAUUUGCUCCA